AUGAGUAAGAAAACGAAGACAGUACAGGAUUCCUCCGUCUCUGAGUAUGCUGCUGAUCAAUCUAAAAGUAAUGCCAUUGCAUUCUCUUUUCGCGAACUCGCAACCGCAACUCGCAAUUUCAGGCAAUUCAUUGGAGAAGGUGGCUAUGGGCCUGUGUACAAAGGGAAAUUAGAAAGCACUGGCCAGAUUGUUGCUGUUAAAAAAUUAAAUCAAAAUGGUUUACAAGGGAACAAGGAGUUUUUGGUGGAGGUUCUCAUGCUUUCUCUGCUGCGUCACCCUAACCUUGUCAAUUUGGUUGGUUACUGUGAUGAGGGGGACCAGAGAAUUCUUGUAUAUGAAUUCUUUCCCUUGGGCUCCUUGGAAUCCCGCCUCCAUGAUCUUAAACCUGAUACGCAACCCCUGGAUUGGAAUACGAGAAUGAAAAUAGCAGCUGGUAUAGCCAAUGGUUUGAAUUACCUGCACCACCAGGCGAAUCCACCAGUCAUUUACAGGGACCUGAAAUCAUCUAAUAUAUUGAUGGAUGAUGGAUUCCUCCCUAAACUUUCUGACUUUGGACUUUCCAAGUUUGGUCCACAUGAGGAUAAGACACAUGUUACUACUAGGGUCAUGGGUACUUAUGGGUAUUGUGCACCUGAAUAUGCCGCAACUGGACACCUUACACUGAAGUCAGAUGUUUUCAGUUUUGGCAUAGUCUUGUUGGAGAUAAUCACUGGACUUACAGCAUUAGAUGAAACUCGAGUAAGGGGGAAGCAUAAGCUUCUUGAUUGGGUACGUCCUUUAUUGAGUGAACCUAAGAACUUUUUGCAGUUGGCCGAUCAAAAACUGAAUGGACAAUUUCCAAAAUCCGUGUUCUGUAAGACCGUUGAGUUGGUAUUAAUGUGCAUAAGAGAUAAUGCCCCAUCUCGGCCUACCAUGACUGAAGUGGUGGGUGCUAUGGAUUAUUUGACAUCGAAGAAAAUAUGA